CCCAGUUGAGGGUGCACACUGCUUGGAUCCAAAGGACCGACUACCAUCAGUCUGUCCAACUCCUUGAAGAGAUGACGACUACGGCAGAGGCUGAGGCACCUGUGCUAGUCGGAGAGAAAGACGACGGCGUGAUUCGGAUCCAGCGUCGCGUACUUACUGGCAAAGAUCGUUUUGCAAUCACCUCGCAACCUUUUAUCACCGACACCACCAACGAUGUUGGUCGUCGAUAUGGCACCCGAAAGCCCCAUCUUGAAGGCCUGCGUGGCAUCUUGGGAUUCUUCACGCUCCUUGCCAUCUUCUUCAGGACAUUCGCGCCGGCCAUCCAGACGGACACGGAUCUGAACGGCCUCUUCCCGGCAGAUUUUGUUCUCGUUGCGCCGCAAUGGCAGAACACACUUCGCAAGGUUCUGGGGCCCAUCUUUUGGGAUUCGACCCUGUUGCCCCAUUUCUUCAUCAUUUUGAGCGGUCGAGUUACUUUACAAACCUUCCUGGAGAGGAGACUAGCCCUGCCAAUGGCUGCUACAGCGUUCCACCGGCCAUUUCGGCUCCUCCCAAACCUCGUCGUCUGUCUCACGAUCACUUCCAUUCUUUCUGCCACUCAUUCAUUCGAUGCGGCAUUUCGGAUGGCGACCGACCUUCGCUCGUCGCUUGCAGCACCCCCCCAGAUAUGGUCUUCAUCCAUCGAAUACUUCAACACCAUGGCAGCCCUAUUCUUUGCCGAGCCAGCCUUCACCUACCAAGAUCGGCCCUUUAGCUUCGUUCAACCAGUCGGAGUCCUUUUUGUUGUCCCCAUCAUCUUCCAACAAACAUUCACCUGCAUCACCGCGGCCUACAUUCUGCCAUACACCAAGCUGAAACCCAAAGUUAUUGGUUAUACAGCCUUUGUGCUGCUAUGCUACUGGGUUGGAUCUUGGGCAUGGUAUUCCCUCACCGGGCUCGCCAUCGCCGAAUUUGUCUCCGUCUACUCUCAAGCGACACCGAGCAGAUUUCCUCUUCGACUUGGUCGCUACUUGGGCACCCACAAGGUGCCUGUCUGGGUGCCUUUUUCCGUGCUUCUCAUCGCUGGUCUUGCGCAGAAGUGGGCAUGGGCCUCUUUUCCGGAACGGCGAAGUGAUGAGUACAUGGCACACACCGACAUUUUGACGGGAGGCCUCGUGAGGAGCGAAAACAUAGCAGUCACGCCCUUUCCUCGCAUCGAUGAUUGGAUGGUCAUCACUGCAAUUCUCGUUCUCAUCGAGAUCUUCGAGACUCCACGUCGAUUUCUCAGCCAGUCUAUCUUUCGUCACCUCGGCCGUCUCGCUUUCUCAAUCAUGCUGAGCUCUGGCUUCCUCUUUCUCUCGGUCGGUGCUGUUUUGCGGAAUCACCUCGUCGAUUCGGGAUGGACUCAGAACGCUGGCCUACUCGCAGUCCUUUUCUUCAGCAUGGCGCCUCUCGCCCUCGCGCUAGCAGAGUUGCUGCACUGGCUCGUCGACGUCCCGUCCGUGCUUGUCGCUCGCUGGCUCUUUGUCUACUUCCGCCAAGAAGACCUGUUUGUCUUCCCAACAGAUCUCUCAGCGGGCGGUCAGGUCGGGACAGACAGUAAGACCAGUUCCAAGUAAGAAACUCGUUCGCUUUGUUCUUUCCUAUAAGUAAAUAUUGCACCCUGCCAAGAAUGACAAGCCUUUCAGACACUGCUC